UUAGCAUUUAUCCCUGUUAUCUUCUUAGGGGAAACAAGGCCCUGUUAAACACAUCUAUAGAGGAGGAAUCCUUUUCAUCUUUGAUUGCCAUCAUCUUGAGCAUGCAGGAUUUGCUUGCGCUAUAUCCUAGUCUUGUGUUCUGGCGGGAGACUGGGAGGACCAACAAUAAGUGGUGAUAGAAAUUGAUUUACCACCUCGAUAUGGUUUGGGGAGUGAAACACCAGCUCAUCCUUUGUGAACUCCACUGCAUCCAUAUAUGACACCAAUGACAGAUAUUGAAGCUACACCUAUUCAUGAUGGCAUGGGGCCACCCAUGCGUAGCCAAGCAUGGAAUCCUUAUGCACCAAUGAGUCCUUCCAGUUUUGACCAAUGGAUUUUACUGCUAUUAAUUCCUCCCCCUGCUUCUAUUCUCUUGAUGGUGGGGACAAUGAAGGACCAUAUUUCAUGCCAGACACAUUGGUUCGCGUACACAGGGCCAAAAAUGAAUCUAUCGUUGGUGUCAUCAGGGAGGUGCUCAAGCAUAGAUGGAGAAUUUCUCUUAAUUGAAUCGAUCCAUUUCAGCAGUAUAUUUAUGGUGGCUUUCCAUUAUCCAGGAUGGUGGCCUUAGAGUUGUUCUUGGGACUAAUGGCACAGGUAAAACAAUUAUGGCCUCUGCCAAUGAAUUUGAGAUGGUGUUUUGAGCAGUGCUCAUGGUGUUGCCACUGGCAAGCUGUUUGGCUUGUAUUUGGAAUUGUUAAGUUAGACGAUAAUCUUAUAAUAAAUUUCAAUUUAAUUUUAUUAAAAGAAUUAAUUCAAAUGAAUUUAUAAGAGAAUUCAUGUAUUUGGAAUAAUUUUUGAAAUGAUUGAAUUUAUUUUAAUUUUAUU